AUGGAAGGACACAAAGGAGACAAGGAGCAAGACAUACAUAGGAAAAUUAACGUUUUCGACCGAGAAAAGGAUGGUAUUUGGUGUGAAAUGGAUGUGGAAAACAAAUCAUCUUGGAGUUGGUCACCAUGUUCGAUAUCUCUGCUGACCGGUAUGUGGUCGCUGAAGAAACUCACGUGGGUGCGCGAAAAAAACGGAAAAGGGAAGACAUUUUGAGAUUCAAAGGUUAAAGGAAAAUCGGAAAACUGCACUUGCUAACUUAACUAAGCAGAUGAACAUAAUAUUGCCCUUGUUUUCAGAUUUAAGAAUGAAAAACGAGUGCCUACUAAAGUUGUACAGUUCGAUAAGCUAUUUGUUAAAAUGCAAGAAGCACAUGAUGUGUAUCUCAGAGCCUCGGAUGAUGAUGGUGAGAUUAAAUAAGCUCAGCAAUGGUAUAACAGUCGUGAUAAGGUUUGUGUUCCAAUUAAAGCACAGUAUUAUUGACUUUCUGGUUGAGGCAAAUAAGUUGCAUGGCGAUUCACAUGAUACACCCAUUAUGAAAUCUAAAUCAUCCAGUCACUCAAGGUCCUCCACUUUCUCAACAUCAUCUGCUACGUUAAAGUUUAUUGAAGCAAAGGCUAAGGCUGCAGAAUUAAAGGUUAAGGCAAAUUUCCUAAAGGAGAAGCAAGCGCUAAGAAUGGCGUCUGAGGAGCUCGAGCUUCGGCGGGAAAUUGUAGAGGCAAAGGCUGAAGAGAAAACUUAUGAGCAGUUUGAUGAAAAACAAAUCAUUGAUGGCAUGAAUGAUUAUUUGAAAGAUGUAACAGCUAAACUCACUUGCAUUCCCAUCUUAUCUGAUGCACAGCCUAACAGUCCAUCUACACUUAAGGUGCCUUCUGUGAAGUUUCAAAGUUCAGCUAUCGUCAGCACCAGAAGAAACUGA